AUGAAGGACUUCACAAUGGAGAUUUGGACUGGGCAGCUUUCCCUACGAGUGACCAUCACCGACUCCGACUCCAAAGCUACUGUCGAGUACCCGCCGGCUUUAUGUGACAAGUUUGCGAACCUCAUUGUGGAGCACUUGGAGAAAAUAGCUAAGGUUGACAUUCAAUUGAAGGUUGAUGACAUGGCUUCGGUCUCAGAACAAGAUGCCCACAACAUGCAGGCCGUGGAGGGCACGAUGGUUCUAGCACCGAGCGCAUACAAAAGCUCAGAAACCAAAUUUAGAGCGGGGAACUACGGAAAGGUGGAGUCUCCUGCCAAACAUGUGAGUGAGGAGAAGCCGCACCUUGGAGGCAUGCGCAAUCCUGCAUUAGCGGUUCUGGGACUUCCUUCGACUCGGGCAUUGGGAGUGAGAAUGAUGUCGGCGUGGGAAUCCUUUGCGACGAGAAACCCAAAAGCACUACAUCUCGCGGAACGCUAUGGCACGAAGGACGCAAUGGAAGACGUACGCAUCACAAAAGAGUGGAGGUCUUGCCUCCGAAAGGUCACGGGCUCGAAGGAGCUCGAUGCAGUCAGACUCAAGGAACCGCAAGAGGAGUUAAUCACAGCCGCGGAGGUUUUGGACGUCGCAAUUACCUUUCAGUGGCGACGGUACGGCGCAAGAACGAUUUCAAAGCUCGGUUCGAUCCUCAAGACCAAACAGGAUGGAAGUCUGAAAAGAAGGAUUGUGACCGACUUGAAACGCAGCACUGGCAACAAGAAAGCUAAGCUUCGCGAAAGACUCACUCUUCCAAGUCCCAAAGACGUGAUCAAGAUGGCGAAGUUUCAGCACAAGAAGAAGGGUAGCUUGAAAACCAAAUACAAGCGGCAUGGUUGGGACACAGAGGACUGGGCUAAGGAGUGGGUGAUCAUUGAUGUGCACGAUGCGUUCAUGCAUCUAGCAGUACACCCCGACGAAAUCAAACAUUGUAUGGCCCCAUCUCCACAGGAAGGGGAGAUCAUCCUGUUCAUUGCCGUCCUUUUCGGCUUUAACACGGCUCCGCUGGCGUGGGCUCGAUUGGCAGCGUCAACUUCGAGGAUCCUCCAGUGUGCAUUGGACCCCGUGGAGGCCGCGCACCAGACGUACUUGGACGACGAUUCCGCUAGCUUGCUUCAGGGCUGGGGUAGUGGCAAAGCCCCGAUCAAAGAGCUGUGUCGCGCAGCGGGAAAGGCUGCAUGGCUUUCCGGCAUCUUCCCGUGCACUCGGGCAACCCGCAUGCUCUACGCAGCCCUUCAUUCCAGAUUCGCCGAAGUCGCAUCCGGCACAGAAGAACGUCGUCGACAAGCUCGAAAACACAACACGGGCAAGGAGGCAAUGUUUUAUGUCAGUCAGCUCAACCACGUUCACCUCUGGCUUCUCAAACUGGCCAAUGCGGUGGAAUCGACGCCGACGAGAUGUGUGAACAUCAUGUCUUCUGACCUGGGGCCUCAGGCAGUCAUUACGACAGACGCAUCACCGAUGGGCUUAGGAGCCUAUCUCACCGUCAAUGGGGUAGUGACCAAGUUCCUCGAGGCAAGAGUUACCAAGCAAGACGCCGAAUACUUUGGCCUCACACAUGGGGCUUCCAAUAGCCACGGCAUUGGCGAAGCUUUAACGGUGUUGGUCGCUGUGUGGCAAUGGCAGCACAGUUUGGCGGAUUCGGUCACUUUGACUUUCCGUUCAGAUUCAAUCAUCGCCUGA